AUGGUUUCUUCUGAUGAAACUCCAGCUAUCACUAACUCAGGAUCCAGUUCUAAGGAUUGUAAUCACCAUCUUUUCCUUCAUUCCUCGGAUUACCCAGGAAUGAGUCUUAUUAAUUUCACUUUUGACGGCAAGGGCUAUGGUGGAUGGCGUAGAUCAGUCCUGAUAGCUCUCUCAGCAAAAAAUAAGAUUGCUUUCAUAGAUGGCUCUGCUUUGGAACCAUCUGCAGAUUCACCAGACUUCAAACCUUGGAAUAGAUGCAACGACAUGGUGUUGUCUUGGUUGCUGAACUCUCUAUCCAAGGAGAUAUCUGGAAGUGUCAUAUAUUCGAAGACUGCACGGGACCUCUGGGCAGAUCUGGAGGCACGUUUUGGCCAAACAAAUGGGGCUGAACUCUAUCACCUGCAAAAGGAGCUAAGCGACUUAGUUCAAGGAUCAAGUGACAUAGCAGGAUAUUUCACCAAAUUCAAAAGACUGUGUGAUGAAUUGGAGACUCUAAAUGCUGAUGUUAACUGUGGAUGCACUUGCUCUUGUGGAGGUAAGGCAAAAAUCACUAAGUCUCUACAAGAUGAGAGGCUUAUUCACUUCCUCAUGGGUUUGAAUGAUACAUAUGCAGCUGUUAGAGGAAAAAUUCUAAUGCUAGCACCUCUUCCUAGUGUUAGUCAUGCUUAUUCUCUAUUAAUUCAAGAUGAGAAACAAAAGGAGGUAUAUGUUAACAAUCAAUAUCCAGGAGACUCCUCUUCUUUUUUAGCUGCUAAAUCUCAGAGCAAGUAUUCAGGGAACUCUUCUUCUUAUCCAACAGCUAGUUAUCCGAAUAACACAUCAAAAUUUGAAAACUAUGACUGCAAAGAAAAAGCAAAAUUUGUUAAUCACCUGAGGAGAAACAAUUUUGCUUGCUCUCAUUGUAAGAAGAUUGGACACUCUAUUGAUCAGUGUUACAGGAUUGUGGGGUUUCCCCCUGACUUCAAAUUCACAAAAUCAAAGAGGCAACAAGGUGGUGCACAAAGUCAUGUAGCAUUGGCAGAUGGAAUUUCUGGACAGUCUAUGGAUGAUGGACAUGGUGUUGGGACUCAACAUCUCUCACAGGAGCAGUUCACACAGCUUAUCCAACUCCUGAACCAUGUCAAGGAGAACAAAUCAACAAACACACCAAUAUCAGAGGCCACUGCUAAUUCUGUUGCUUAUGCUGAUUCAGGAGCCUCGGAGCAUAUGGCUUUUGACAUCACCAUUUUUUCUAAUCUUACACCUUUGUGUAUGCCUUUAACUGUGAAUUUGCCAAACUCACAACAGGUAAAGGCCCCUUCACUAAGGAACCCUCUGGUUCUUGGUAAUUCUAAGGAUGGUCUUUAUUUUCUCCAAUCCUCAAGUGUUUUAUCUAGUUCCAUGUCUAAGAAGUCUAUUCCAAACAGUAGUUUAAAUUCCAGUAUUUUACCUAUUUCUCUUUAUGGUUGUAGUGAAAAAUCUAGUAUGUUUCCUAUUUCUAGUAGUGUUUCAGCAAAAUUAGGAGAAAAGAUUGAUGUAUCACUGUGGCACACUAGAUUGGGUCACUUGCCUUAUUCUACCAUGCGAUAUAUAAAAUCUGUUUUUCCCGAUUCUCUUUGUGAUUCUAAAGUUCCGUGUGAUGUUUGCCCUUUGGCAAGGAGUAAACUAGAGCCUAGAGCAACAAGAUGCAUUUUUUUGGGAUAUCCCACGGGAAAGAAGGCAUAUAAGGUCAUGGAUUUAUCAACUAGGAAGGUAUAUCACUCUAGGGAUGUUGUUUUUCAUGAAACAACUUAUCCUUUUUCUUCUUUUAUACCUUCAUCUCCUAUUUUUCCUCAAUCACAUGUAUUUGUCGAUUCUCUUACAGAUUCACUUACUUCUCCAAAUAACCUCAAUGUUCCUUCCACAAAUUCACCUAAUUUUCCUUCUACACAGUCUACUCAUUUUAGUUCACCUCUUCCUACCUCUAUUUCCUCCUCUUCUUCUCCCUCACCUCUCAAUUCUCCAUCCAUUCCAGUACGAAAAUCACUCAGAACUUCAAAACAGCCUUCCUAUUUGCAGGAUUAUGUCUGCAAUGCUGUUCAUUUUACUAAUCUCACAUUUACAUGUUUUUUAUCUCCAGUUCAAACUCCUACAUUUUCUUUUUCAGCCCUUUCUCACACUAAUCAGAAACUUCUAAAUUCCAUAUCUAGCAUUUCGGAACCUCUCAGCUAUGCUCAACAUCCUGGCUGGAUGCUGGCAAUGAAUUCAGAGUUUGACGCUCUCAUUUCAAAUCAAACUUGGGAUAUUGUGGAACUUCCAAUUGGUCACAAAGCUUUACCUUGUAAAUGGGUCUACAAGGUAAAACAUAAAUCUGAUGGUGGAAUUGAAAGACUCAAAGCCCGAUUGGUUAUAAGAGGGGGAUACACAACGUGA